AAAAAGCUAAUAAAUAUUUGACUUUUUCCUAUAAAACAGAUUAUGUAAUUUUACAUCUUUGAUUUUUGUCUUCUCAGCUACAAACCAAUAGCUAUUAGCUACUUUAACUUUAUGCAAAGAAAAGAACUUCUCUAUUUUCUUUUUUCUUUUUUUGUAUUAUUAUUCUAGGCAACUUCCUUUUAUAGUGAGCACUACAAGUUCCUUUAAGCUCCAAUGGCUUCAUUAAGCAAACCUCAUUUCAGGAUGUGUUAUUCAAUAUGGUUUCAGUUUCUAGUUUGUGUUUUAAUGUUGUUGGGAGUGAAUGGUUUUCAAGUUCCAAUAACUUUUGUUCAAGAUGCUGUUGCUAAAGGAGGUGUUUGCUUGGAUGGGAGUCCACCAGCUUACCAUUUUGACAAGGGAUUUGGAGCUGGUGUUGAUAACUGGUUGAUUCAUAUGGAGGGAGGAGCAUGGUGCAACAAUGCAACGACUUGCCUAGAGCGUACCAAAACUCGUCUAGGCUCGUCUAAGUUAAUGACAAAACAAUAUACUUUCUCCGGGAUACUAAGCAAUCAGGCAAAGUACAGCCCUGACUUCUAUAAUUGGAAUCGAAUUAAGAUUCGAUACUGUGAUGGAUCAUCUUACACAGGAGAUGUUGAAGCUGUUGAUCCAAAGGCUAAAGUUUACUACAGAGGAGCUAGACUUUUGAGGGCAAUUUUGGAUGAGUUAUUGGCUAAAGGAAUGAAGAAUGCUAAAAAUGCAAUUUUUGGUGGGUGCUCUGCUGGUGGACUAGGUGCUAUACUGCAAUGUGAUAACUUCCGAGCUAUGCUACCUUCCGGUGCCAAAGUGAAAUGUUUCUCUGAUGCCGGUUUCUUCAUUAACGCCAAGGAUAUCUCUGGAGCAUCACAUAUUCAAGAAGUAUUUGCUGAUGUUGUCACUACACAUGGAUCUGCGAAAAACUUGCCUACAUCCUGCACCUCUAAAUUCGAUCCUAAACUCUGCUUCUUCCCUGAGUAUGUUGCAAGGGGGAUCCAAACACCGCUGUUUUUACUGAAUGCAGCCUAUGAUUCAUGGCAGAUAAAGAAUACGUUGGCACCAGGUGUUGCUGAUCGUCAUGGGACAUGGCGCGACUGCAAGGCUGAUAUACUCAAGUGUUCAGACAGUCAGCUCCAAACAAUGCAUGGCUUUAGGCAAAACUUCCUAGCCGCGUUAUCAUCCCUCGGUAACUCACCCUCUAGAGGGUGGUAUAUCAACUCUUGCUACAGCCAUUGCCAAUCAGGAACCCAAGAGACAUGGCUAAGGAAUGAUUCUCCCUUGUUAGAUGGCACGACUAUUGCAAAAGCAGUGGGUGACUGGUUCUAUGAUCGGAAACCAUUUCAGAAGAUCGAUUGCCCCUACCCUUGUGACAAAACUUGUCACAACCGUGUAUUCGAGUAACUUAUAUAUGGAAUUAUCUCUUCUUUUGGAUACAACUCCAUGGAACAAGAAGUUAUACAAAACACGACAUAUUUCAUCAAAAUCAUGUAUGCAUAAACUUGUCCAAUAUAUGUAUCAAUUAAUUAAGCCAAUCAUGCAUAGUUUUUGGUAAGUAAGGCAACUAAGCUGUAUUAUACGUGAAAUUGUCUUGUAAUUGUAUACUUAAGUUAAUUAUCAUUCAUCAUAGAUGUACCACUCACUAAACAUUUGAUCUAUUUGGAUUUAUAUUAUACAAGUAUGAAUAAAUGGAUUUAA